AUGCUGGAGAAAUGGGCUGAAAGGAAUCUUGUGAAGUUCAGCAAAGGGAAGUUCAAAGUCCUGCUCCUGGGAAGUGACAACCCCAGGCAGCAGGACAAGCUGGGGAUCGGCCAGCUCAAGAGUAGCUUUGCAGUAAAGGACCUGGGGGUCCUGGUUGCCAGCAAGCUGACCGGGAGCCAGCAACGUGUCCUUACGACAAAAAACACCAACAGCCCCCUGGGCUGCAUCAGGCAGAGCUUGGCCAGCAGCUCAAUGGAGGUGACCCUUCCCCUCCAUGCAGUCCUGGUGAGACACGUCUGGAGUGCUGCAUCCAGCUCUGGGCUGCCUGCUCCUGGAGGAGUAUCGUUAGUUGUCCCACAACCCAACAUCAACGCAACCGUGGCACAAAACAUCUUGCUCUCCGUUGAAUACUCUUGCAGAGGCGCCGCCACCGUUGAGUGGAAGCAUGUGUCGAGCUGGGGCACCACCAAAAUUGUUGAGUGGAAAAGUGGGAAUUAUGUCAAUAUAUCCGCGGUGUACAAGGACAGAGUGACUACUUUUGAAAAUGGCUCUAUACAGCUUCGGAACGUGGGCAUGAGAGAUGCCGGCUACUAUUUUGUCACUGUAACAGAGGAGUAUGGAACCAACACCUACGGCACCAUCAUAGUCAACGUUUAUGAGAUUAUCUAUGAAGAUUUACAUUUUGUAGCAGUUCUCUUUGCAUUUCUCGCUGCAGUAUCUGCCAUUUUGAUCUGCUUCAUGUGGCUGUGUAAUAAAUCUCUGCAUCUAUUCCAGAAGUCGACGACACACAAACUAACAGCAAGUACAACUGAAGAGAUUGAACUGGAAACCAUUGAGUGUUAG